AUGGAUCCCGAAAUUCACUGGGUCGCCUCGAUCGACUCGCCCGAGUUCACCCUCCUGACUCAGUCCCUAACUCAAUCCUCACUCAUCGGACUCGACGCCGAGUGGAAGCCCAUUCGCACCCAGCAGUCCUCUUUUCCCACCGUGUCCCUCCUCCAACUCGCGUGCCAACUCGGUCCUCGACUCGGUCCCGACUCGGCUAAGUCCCUGGUUUUUCUACUCGACCUCUCGGCGAUUCCUCUUUCCUCGAUCUACGAGCUGCUGAGAGACGUGUUCGUUUCACCCGAUGUUUUGAAAUUAGGGUUUCGGUUUAAGCAGGAUUUGAUUUAUUUGUCUUCCACCUUUUGCUCUCAAGGUUGUGAUCCCGGAUUUGAUAGGGUGGAACCCUUUUUAGAUAUCACAAGCAUAUACAAUUAUCUGCAACAUAAGAGCCUGGGAAGAAGGAUACCAAAGGAAACCAAGAGCUUGGCUUCUAUCUGCAAAGAGUUGUUGGGCAUUUCUCUCUCAAAGGAACUUCAAUGUAGUGAUUGGUCGCACCGUCCACUUACAGAAGAGCAGAAAACAUAUGCAGCUACAGAUGCACACUGCUUGCUUGAAAUAUUCAACAUCUUCCACUUCAAAGUUGCUGAAAAAGGAAAUUCUUUUUGUAGUGCCACUGAACAGCGUUUCUCAAAUGUGGAUCGCGGGUUGAAACAGAUUCUUGAGAAUCCUGAUAUUUGUCAUAAACUUCUGAGGAGCAAGUUUUUUGAUGCUGUAGAUAUAGUUCGAGCUACUACAUCUGAAUUUCCUCAGAGAAAAGCUACUUUAGAGGAAGUUGUUUCAUGGUCAUCAUGCAGAAAUACCAUCCCUAUGGAUGAUUCCCUCUUUAGCAUUGUUAGGAAAUAUGGUGAAAGAAUUUUGUUGAAGGAAUCUGACAGAAAGCCUAAAACCAAGAAGAAAGGGAAAAAACAAUCUUCAGCAGUUUGCAAAGAGAAGCAAAUAGAAAUUUUUGAUGAGUGGUGUAGCCCCCCACCAUGGGAUUUGACCUUGGGGGGAGAUGGAUGCCCUAAGUUUCUAUGUGAUGUGAUGGUGGAAGGCUUAGCAAAGCAUUUACGAUGUGUUGGGAUAGAUGCUGCAAUACCAUAUUCAAAAAAACCUGAAUCUAGGGAGUUAAUUGAUCAAGCACGGAAAGAGAAUAGGGUGCUCUUGACGCGAGAUUCCAAGCUAUUGAGACAUGAGUAUUUGAUAAAAAAUCAAAUAUAUAGGGUGAAGAAUCUUCUCAAAAAUGAACAGCUACUUGAGGUAAUCGAAACAUUCCAAUUGAAAAUUUGCGAGGAUCAGCUAAUGUCAAGGUGCACCAAAUGCAAUGGGAGGUUUAUCCAAAAGCCGCUAACAGCAGAAGAGGCCAGUGAAGCUGCAAAAGGUUUCCAAGUAAUUCCCAACUGCUUGUUUGACUCAAAUCUAGAAUUUUGGCAGUGCAUGGACUGCAACCAACUUUACUGGGAGGGAACCCAAUAUCACAACGCAGUCCAGAAGUUCAUCAACGUCUGCAAGUUGAAUGAGUAGCUUGAAGUCCAAUACAUAUGCAUGAUGUUAAACUAUUUGCUUCUGUAUCAUAUUCGUUCAUCUGUUGAUAUAGCGUGUACUGUCAUCCAUAUCAACCCAUCACUCUGACAUACCACCACUUGGUUUUUGCGAGAUAUGUAAUGUUCAACUGGGUGGGGCCUUUACCUGAUAGGGGAAAUCUCCCUACCAGAAAUGGAGAAUCUGAGAUGACACCAGAAAUAGAUUUGGUUUGGAGGGGGGUGGGUCGGUGGGAACAGGUGAAUGAUACUCGGCACAUAGUUGAUUCUGAUGUCAGAGUUGAUGUUCCAACCACAACUAUGUCUUAACAACUCCGAAUUUUUGCCACAGUGUCAAAUUGCUGUUUGACUAAUAAUAUGUUAUUCUGAUUUUUCGAGCUGGGUUAUCAAAGCACUAACAUAUUAUAUCA